AUGAUCUGGAUAAGUUAUUACAAGGAAACAGAAAAACUCUCGUUGAUUGUAAAUCAGUUAUCACUACCUCCAUUUCGAAAUUGGCGUUGUUUAAGACUAACAUUUCAAGUUCCAUCAAGUUCCACAACUUUAUUCUUUGAAAGAUUCCAAAUUGGUAUAGCAAUCCAUUUGAGGUCCAGUGCAGUUGUUUGCGAGGAUGAUAUUCAGGAGGAAUUGAUAGAAUUACAAAAUGACAAUGACGCCACAAUGCGAUAUCGCCAUAAUGACAAAGAAGGUUUGUGGUACCACCAGAGUACACUGAAUUCAUACCCCAAUUUGUGGAAACAUCUGAAAUUACUUUUGCUUGUCUUCAUUACCUCAUACCUGGUUGAAUCUGGUUUUAACCAUGUUGGAAUUUUAUUUUCCCAUAAUAGAAUUGGAUUGGAUGUGAUACAGCGAGGAGACUUGCGGCUAAAGUUGACAAGUUUGAAACCGAAUGUAUCUGCACUGGCUGCAUCGCACCAGACACAUGGUUCUCAUUAA